UUCACCAAUAAUUGAUUUGGUGCCUACAAGUUGCAUCACCAUCACCAUCACCACCACCACCACCACCACGCUCUGCAACCUUUGAUCUUAAUCCAACAUCUCUCACUUCUCUAAAAUAAAAUGUAACAACCUCAGCUUCUAAAGCCUCCCUCGUCGGCUGGCUUCUGCUGCAAUCAUGGUCUCUUCAUCACAAAAAGGCCUUCACACUCUCUUAUCAGCCAACCUCAAAAAGCUAACCAUCACACCACCCUCCGCUUCUUCUCCCGACUUCGACUUCUCUGAAGUUUUCGGACCCUUAACUCCCCACCACAACAACAACAACUCCGCCCAAUCACCUGCUUCCACGUCAUCAGCUUCCGCUUUCUUAGCGGACCCACCUGUUAUCUACAACCGUUCCCACUCCUUCGUGGGUCCAUCCCCUCGCUACACCCUCUCCUCUUCUCUCCCUCUCCAAAUCCAAGAACUUGAAAACGAAAGCCUUGAAAUUGCUAGUGAAAGUGAGAGUGAAAUUAAAAGCGAGAAAAAGAUCGGGCCGGGAGAUUUUGAGAUACUGAGAGUUGUAGGACAAGGUGCGUUCGGUAAAGUUUUUCAGGUGAGGAAAAAGGUAGAUAGAGAUGAUAUUAACGGUGGUGAUAGUGAUGGUGAUGGGGAUGGGGAUGGGGAUGGGAUAUAUGCAAUGAAAGUGAUGAGAAAAGAAACGAUAAUAAAGAAGAAUCAUGUGGAUUACAUGAAGGCUGAGAGGGAUAUUCUCACCAAAGUCAUGCAUCCUUUCAUUGUUCAGCUUCGCUAUUCUUUCCAGACAAACUGUAAGCUGUAUUUGAUCUUGGACUUUAUAAAUGGAGGACAUCUCUUCUUUCAUCUGUAUAGGCAGGGGAUUUUCAGUGAGGAUCAAGCUAGGAUUUAUACUGCUGAGAUAGUAUGUGCUGUUGCACAUCUUCACAAGUGUGGGAUCGUGCAUCGUGAUCUUAAACCUGAAAAUAUACUCAUGGACGUUGAUGGGCAUGUUAUGCUAACUGAUUUUGGACUGGCAAAGGAAAUUGAUGAAUCAAGCAGAUCAAAUUCAAUGUGUGGGACAACCGAGUACAUGGCGCCGGAAAUUUUACUUUCUAAAGGCCAUAACAAGGAUGCGGAUUGGUGGAGUGUUGGAAUACUCCUGUAUGAAAUGUUAACUGGGCAGCCACCAUUUACUCAUGCCAAUAGGCAGAAGCUUCAGCAGAGAAUUAUCAAUGAAAAAGUGAAACUUCCACCAUUUCUCACCGGCGAAGCACACUCGUUGCUCAAAGGAUUGCUGCAAAAGGAUCCAACUAGAAGGUUAGGUAGUGGACCCAAUGGAGGAGAUGACAUCAAACGUCAUAAAUGGUUUCGGUCAAUCAACUGGAAGAAAUUGGAGGCUAGAGAACUGGUGCCAAAGUUCAAGCCAGAUGUGAGUGGAAAAGAUUGUACUGCAAAUUUUGACCGGUGCUGGACGACAAUGCCUGCAGAUGAUUCACCAGGUACUACACCGACAGCAGGUGAGCAUUUUCAGGGGUAUACUUACGUGGCACCUAACCCCUGGCUUUCAUCAGAUGACAGAAAAGUUCACAACCAAGGAGAAAUAAAAGAAAAAUAAGAGAUCGAUAAUGAAGGGUAAAUGAAAGAAGUCAUCUGUCUACAUUGUGAUGUUAACUCAUUGUAAGUUUUUUUUUUU